GCUAGAAACACACCCCGAAGCAACCGUCACUUCUUCUAAUGUACUUCGUCUUAGUCGUCUUAAUCUCCCCAUCUCAUCGUCAUUUUUUAUUACCUAUUUUAUUCCACUCGGAUCCCAUCACAUUAAAACAACCUAAUGAUCAACGUCUUCCUAUUCCUUUUGUACUUCCUAUCACCGCGUUCUGAAAGAUUUUGGGGGUUCGGUUCGGGGCACAACAGCGACAAAUACCAUAUCAGAGGCGUUCAGGAUUUUCACAAUGGAUACUAUCAUAUUUUCUUUUUCUUUUUCGGUCAACUCUUGUAUCAUUACAAUCCUCGCGACAUAUUGGUGCGGCGAGGAUAUCAGAGAACCAUGCUAUGGUGGAUUGAUGGCUACGAAGUAAAAUGUCGGAGAAAAAAAAUCACGAGUUCUAGAGGUAUCAGUGUACGAAGGAGGCCGGCAGCGCCUUUCAGCGAGGAAAGGCUGAAUUACGAGGAGAUCGGUACCAAAGAAAAUGGAAGCAGCCUAUGUUAGUUGCGGGAAUUGCACUUGGAGGAAAUCUUAUGAAUAUGCCUUGUAUUAUUACGUUCUAGACUAUCUUUGAUAGCAGCUCUCUGUUUUCCACCCUGAUCUUAUUUGUUUCUGAGAUACCAGAUCAGGGGCUUUUAGAAGAUAAAGCACGCAAAACUACCUAAUGAAUUACGUUCUUGUAUAUAUGUAUUUCUUAGCACUCCUUCACUCGAAUGAUCGUGA